AUGUCGCCAACAGUCAUCAAAAUUCAUGACGAAGGAGGUGAUAAUCUAGACCGCUCGCAAACGGAGAAUGAAGCCCAACCAGCCAAGACUCCGUCCCGUCGACGCAGUGGGGACAAACGGCCUAACUAUAAGGAACGCAGUAAUGGCGACUCUGGAAGCGCAUCUGAUACUGAUGAAGCAGGGGAUGAAUACAUGGGCUCCAAGGGGGACAUACCAGCAAAGAAGCCAAACGUUACACAAAAGAAGACUCCCCGCGCGUUGCGCUCACAAGAGGGUAAACAAGAGCCAACAAGCUCAGAGCAGCAAAAACAAAGACCGGCACCAACUACGCGAUUGAUUGUGAGAUCUAGCAAAAGGAGCCAUGAUGAUCACGAAAGUGAGCCUACGAGGCCUGCAAAGCGUGGCCCGAAGCCCUCAGCCAAUACCGAGAUUAAGAAAUUUGAGAAGGAAGCGCUCGGAUUGAUGGAGAAGUAUAGAGCCAAGGCAAAUGAUCUCGAAACUGCCAGAUCAGAAAUCCAAAAUCUUCAGGCCCAAGUCAAUGGCUUAAAAUCGGCGCUUGAACAAGCACAAGAGGCUCACAAGCAGAGUGAAAUAUUGAACGGCCAAAAGAUAACUCAGCUCAAGAACGAUUCCCGGGAGUGGAGAUAUCAGCUUGCAUCUGCUCUUGAAGCAGAGAAGAAAGACUCUGGCAAAUACGUCAAAGUGCCAGAUUCGGACAUCAAGGAGGGUUGGCUGGUGUUAUCUUACAAUAUCCGCGACCUUGUCUCUCAGUGCCUCACUAAGAUCCCAGCUGAUCAAGAUACGAUUCUCGAGUCAUUGGUGAUGGAGCGCCAGCUCUUAUCCAUAGACGAUAUGUCAACUUUGCGCACCUGUAUUCUUCGACGAGCUGUAUGGAAGACUGCAAUACUCCCUGUAUUUUCGGGGAAAGAAUCCAUCUGGCAGGGAGUGAUUGGCGAUACCUUGACACAGAGUCUGUUUUUGAGGAAUUUUAAGCACAAAAACGACACCAAAUACCUCCGGAUUAUUAGCCAGAUCAAGUCCAGAGCGGUUGCAGACCUUAGUGACGAGGAUCACAUCAAUAUCGAAGCUAUGGAAGUGCUUAUUAGCAAAGUCACGAAGCGACUUGAUCCUUUUAUACCAAACUCAAAGACGAACCAUUUCAAGAAUGAGAUGAAGAGAUUGAUUACAAAAGCGGCCGACUUUCAUUUCAUGAUGAUGAAAUCAAAGGCUAUUUUCUUAAUGGUUUGGUGUGGAGAUGAUGAUGGCAAGAAGCUCACUCCUUACGACCAGAAUCGUAUGGCAUCCAUUCAAUACGACAAUGAUGCCGAUGUGUCCAACUCCUUUGUUAAGUUCGUCGAAGCUCCUGCCCUAGUGAAAUUUGGGACUGCCGACGGGGAGAAAUUCGACAGCAGCAUGGUCCUUUGUAAAUCUCGGGUGGCUCUUACAGAGGAUUACGAUGAAAAUGGUGAAGAUGGCGACGAUAUUGAAGAGGAUGACGAUGAAGAUGAAGAUGAUAGAGGUGAUAGAUGAUUCUUGAGGGUUCAAUUUGCAAGAGAGCAGAAACUGCUACGGGAAUCCACGGUUGCGCUUUCGGGAUCACAAUGGAAAUGAACGGGAACAAAAUUGGGAAUGGAUUUCUCGAAAGUUGGAGAAAGUCGAUAGAUAAAAUUAUGGGGAGAUGGAAUUCGAAGGUGGUAGUGAGAAAUACUAAAGCAAG